GACCGGAGCACUUUUUCCCCACAUACCAAGGAAAAUCCACAAUAACGAGCGCACAGUGAAUUCGCUAAAGAGCAACACGGGAACUGCAUGAAACAUUAAUUUGACGGCACGCUGCGCCCUGCGGAGGAAUUAGCUCGAAUAUCCCUUACUGUGCAGUGUAUAGGCUACUACUACACUUGCACCGGAUUGAGGGACAGCCUGGACAUUCCCAGCCCCGUUUUCUGUCCCGAAAGGUUCCAGUUUGCGUCUUCGGCGACGGAAGAAACCGGUGGGCGGCGGCCAGCAGUCACAGCAAGCCAGGGCCUGGGGAAAUCAUUAACCAGACGAACCACAACAGGACUCUGAUUCCGCUCUCUCUCCUCCGCCAUUACAUCAUCACUCCACGCCGGCAGGGGUUGCGGUGACGUCAUCAAGGAGGGCGGCUUGCCCCGCCUGGCCAUGGCCGAGUGACUUGCGGCCCAGCGAAUGACAAGCGCGCGUCCGAGGGUGGGGCCCGCCUCAGUCUCACAUGAUUGGCUGCUGGAUGGAAUUAAGGUGAAUGGAACACAUGUCCAACGAGCAGGACUCUAACCUAUCGGAAGGGGAAGAGAAACGGUGGCUCGAUGGCCCGAAAAGGAAGAGAAAGAAUAGUCAAUGUUCGAUGAAGAGCAUGUCUGGUAAGACACCUCCAAUGCUGGUUCCCGGGUACAUCCCAAGCUACCUGGAGAAGGAUGAGCCCUGCGUGGUGUGUGGAGACAAGGCCACUGGCUACCACUACCGCUGCAUCACCUGUGAGGGCUGCAAGGGGUUCUUCCGACGCACCAUCCAGAAGAACCUCCACCCCGCCUACUCCUGCAAGUACGAUGGCUGCUGCAUCAUCGACAAGAUCACCCGCAACCAGUGCCAGCUGUGCCGCUUCAAGAAGUGCAUCGCUGUGGGCAUGGCCAUGGACUUGGUCCUGGACGAGGCCAAGCGCGUGGCCAAGCGGCGCCUGAUCGAGGAGAACCGCGAGCGGCGGAAGAAGGAGGAGAUGGUGAAGACGCUGCAGAACCGGCCCGAGCCCACCAGCUCCGAGUGGGAGCUCAUCCGCAUGGUGACGGACGCCCACCGCCACACCAACGCGCAGGGCUCGCACUGGAAACAGAAGCGCAAGUUCCUGCCAGAGGACAUCGGCCAGUCGCCCGUCGCCCCCACAUCAGACGGGGACAAGGUGGACCUGGAGGCCUUCAGCGAGUUCACCAAGAUUAUCACGCCUGCCAUCACCCGCGUGGUCGACUUUGCCAAAAAACUGCCCAUGUUCUCAGAGCUGCCUUGUGAAGACCAGAUCAUCCUUCUGAAAGGCUGCUGCAUGGAGAUCAUGUCCCUGCGGGCGGCCGUGCGCUACGACCCCGAGAGCGAGACGCUGACGCUGAGCGGCGAGAUGGCCGUCAAGCGCGAGCAGCUCAAGAACGGCGGCCUGGGCGUGGUGUCGGACGCCAUCUUCGACCUGGGCAAGAGCCUGGCGCAGUUCAACCUGGACGACUCGGAAGUGGCCCUGCUACAGGCCGUCCUGCUCAUGAGCUCAGACCGCACGGGUCUCACCUGCAUCGACAAGAUCGAGAAGUGCCAGGAGAUGUACCUGCUGGCGUUCGAGCACUACAUCAACUACCGCAAGCACAACAUUCCCCACUUCUGGCCCAAGCUGCUGAUGAAGGUGACGGACCUGCGCAUGAUCGGGGCCUGCCACGCCAGCCGCUUCCUGCACAUGAAGGUGGAGUGCCCCACCGAGCUCUUCCCCCCGCUCUUCCUGGAGGUGUUCGAGGAACAGGACGUGUGAGGGAGGACGAGGAGGAGCGAGAGAGAGAGAGAGAGAGAGAAGAAAGAAAGAAAGAGAGAGAUGGAUGGAAGAGGAGGAAGAGACGGGAGGACCGGAUCGGAGCCGGAAGGAAAACCGGAUCGGGUUCGGACGGGGAGCAGAGGAAGCGGCGGAAGAAGCCAAGAUGCCCUGGACAACGCGCGCGAGGCAGGAAGGACUCGUCGAGCGUCACUUUCUCUCCCUUUUUCCCUCGCCCUGUCACCGCCGCCCACCCUAUCCCGGGGAAAACUUUUUGCUUGUUUGUUUGUUUGUUUGUUUGUUUUGGUCUUUUUUUUUGGAGAAGAAGAGUAAAUAUGCGCCGUAUCGUCUCGUCACCCACAUGUUUGAAAGCAGACUACACCAGCAGCAGC